UAGAACAAGAAGCAAUGGGUGGAAACUGAUCAAAGAAAGAAGCAACUUAGAACUAAGGAGAAAUUUCCUGACAGUUAGAACAAUUAAUAAGUGGAACGACUUGCCUUCAGAAGUUGUGAAUGCUCCAACACUGGAAAUUUUUAAGAAAAUGUUGGAUAACCAUCUGACUGAGAUGGUGUAGGGUUUCCUGCCUGGGCAGGGGGUUGGACUAGAAGGCCUCCAAGGUCCCUUCCAACUCUGAUGUUAUAUAUGUUAUAUAUGUUAUAUGUUGUGUAUAAGAGAACAUGGCUUUCUGUCAUGAGUCCGUAGUUCUUCCUUGCAUGUAUGUAUGCACCAUUAUGUGUUUGGAACAGCUAACCAUUUAAGCUUGAUCAAGAUUAAAUGCUACUUUACUCAAGCCUCUGUUUAAGUCUCUUGAUUGGCAGUUAUGAGCUUAGACAUAUUAAUAAAUGGACUUUACAUUUGGCGCCCAGACGUGGGGCUCGAAGGCUUUUCUUCGAAAUGGCUACAUUUAGCCCCCCACAAUUCUGAACUCCAUUGAAGUUCAGCAGGCCUUCAAAACGGUGGGCAGGAAAAACUGGCAUGGGCCAUAGACAAUGUCAGAGCACUCCCAGUACCUUUGAACUGGUGAUAUUGGACUGGCCGGAUGCCAGCAGAUCCUGAUUCCAGCAGGACCUGAAUGCCCCAUUGAGGCUUGAACCGGGAAGAUUGUACUCUCCUAGGUGAGUAGAAAAUUUUUUGGGGGGGGAGGUAAGAGGGGAGUGUUGCUUUGUGUGUGCGUGAAUGAGAGGAGGGAAAUUCCUACUAGAGGUUUGCCCUCCAAGUGAGUGCGGAGAUCCAAUUUGCGGUUCUGAUUAUUCACAAGAAUAUCAGCCAGAGCGGAUCGCUUUGAAAGGCGGGUGACUGUUGGAAUAAAAGUCUGCAGUGAAAGGGUCGUUCUGGUCAAAACUCUGAGCUUGAAAGGGGAGCCCAAGAAAUCCUUUUGAAAAAAGGAGAGUUUGUCAGUUCCGAGCCUAGGAAGUGCCCGAGAAAGCCCCUCACUGGACAAAAGCCCUUACUAAAAAGAGGGAGGGUUUUACUCAAAACCCCCUGACCGAAGAAGCCCGAGAAAGUCUCAAGGGAAGAGACGGGUCUUUGGCCAAGAACUUCGAGCUGUCCCCGGCCCGAGAGUGAGGCAGACCCCGAGCUUGAGUCAGGUAAAAUCCCUUACAAAAAAAUAUAUAUACAAAAAAUAUAAAAAUUAAAAAUAAAAUGGGCAACCAUACUGGUAGCCUUUUUGGAAGAAGUAACCUCUUUGGAAGAGUAGAACUGUGUUUCCCUCUAACUGUGUAUUUAGUGAUUGGGACACUUUACAGAUGAUUUUAGACCUAUCGUAGCAAUCAAAGUUGCUUUUAAAUCCAUCUGGCCAACCUACUAGCGUGGGAGCUUGGCUUCCAGAAGGCAGCUUUGAUUUAGAUUUUAUCAACAAAUUUGCUGAUUUUUUGGCUACCAUCAGAUGAACUGAAGAGGAAUCCUUUGUUGGUUUCCUUUUCAACCUCCUCUGUCAGCCAGAGAUUCAGGGAGCGUGUGGGCUCACUCCAAUAUCCUCUCCUAAAAUUUGCCCCUUGUCACUUUCAGAAAAAGAAACAAACUAGCCAAAGUGACUGAGGAGGAAGGAAAGUUUCCCCCACACCAUAAUACGAUGCAAAUGCUAUGCCUGGCUUAAGUGCCUACAGCAGCACUCCAAUUCCUUUCAAUUGGAAUUCCCACCUUGCAGGGAGUGCCCUCAUCCUCCAGAGAACUAGGGAUUUUGUCCUGCAAGGAUUAAACCUGGGUGUCCCAAAAGAAAAAAAAAACAGUAAACUUCCACUGCGUUCAUCAGAUCCUUCAAAAUCCCCCCACCCCUUUUUCUGAAUCAUUUGAAGGAUUGGUUCUGCAAAGUUUACUGACCUCAAUUCUGAUGAUGUUUUGCUGAAAAUAGCUUUCGUGGGUCAAAGCACCCCCGACAUAAGAAAGAAAUUGCAAAACUACAACCCCCCCCCCCCACUGCAGAGAAACCUAAGAAAGGAGAAUGCAAAAGCAAGCAGCUCUUUUAGCAGCUGCUUCCUGGAAUCCCCAAAGAAGAGGAAGGGGAACUUCAGUUAACCCUGGAGUACCUCCAUCCAUAGAGAUCAAUGUUGUCUUCAAUUUGCCCAUUGGAGGAGAUAAUGCCCUUUGAACAACAAUUUCCCAGUUCAGUCACUGGGCGGGGAGGCUUCAGGCCAGAAACCCCAAAACCCUAGCUCCUUCACCCCUCACAUCAGCCCAGACCCCUGAAUUUAAUCCUGAAUUUUAUUGAUGGGGCUCUAGAGGGCAAAUUGCUUCCCUCAGACUCUCUGAUGGAGAUAAAAGUAAGGAACAGAUCUCACUCUUUUUAAGUAACACAAGCUACUUUUAGGGACCAUCACUCAAGCGUUCCUUUCUAAAUAUUGCCACAAUGUUUUGGGAAAAUGUUUUGGGAAAGGAUUCCCUAGCAAAGCUGGGAGCAAUUGUAAAAUGCACUCAACAGGGAGUCCCCGUUAAAAUUCCCCCAGGAGUUUUAUCUGUUUCCUGGAAAAGUGACUGAUCCUUAAUAGCCCUGACUCUAACAAGAUAAACGCCCACAACAUCCCAGGGCAGAAACAUUCUACUGCUUAAAGAGGUGGAUGCUGUUAUGUGUGGUAAGAAGACCCAGGAUCAAUUUGGGGGGAUGCGCACGCAUGGGAAGAGAACAGCAGCCCCAGAGAAGAGAAGAGAAGCGGGGCGGGGGCAGCUUUCUCCAACCGCUUGUUCGCUGAGCGAAGGAAGCUGAAAGUUGCGAAGGGCCCGAGGGCAAAAAUCUUCGUGUGAAAGUGAAUGGAGAACAGGUACAGGGACAGAUGCUGGGGAUUAGCCAAUGGAGAUCCAGCUAGUAACAGUGAAGGAAGAGAUUGGAUCAGUUCUGCCCUCUGUAUGUCCCCUGUGCCAGGAAGACCUGCCAAGCCUUGCUGGGCCCCAUGAGCAAAUCCCCCAGUGCCAGGGGUGCAGAAAUCUCCUUUUAGAGCCUCAGAGCUGGUUGUCCAGCAGUAUUGAGGCUUUGGUGCUUCCCACUGAGAGGCCUUACAGCUGCUCUUUUUGCCCCAAACGCUUCAAGAGGGCUUCAGACCGACGUGAUCACGAACGGGUGCAUACGGGUGAAAGGCCGUAUGAAUGUGGCAUCUGUGGCAAGCGCUUCACUCAGAGCUCAGUACUGUCUGGCCACAUGCGCAUUCACACCGGCGAACGGCCUUUCCACUGCAGCGUCUGCUUUAAAUCUUUCAACAACGGCUCCAACUUCCGCAAGCACCAACGCAUUCACGGCCCAUCGUCUGGGUACAGUGAAGGGACAGUUGGUGGGAAGGACUGUGAUUCUUUGUCUGAAAAGAAACCAGAGCAAAUGGAAGAAGGAAAGGGUGGCAGAAAUCUAAGCCCUAUCCUUUUGUCAAAGCAAGACGGCUGUCAGCCCAUCAAAGAGUUAAGAGAAGAUAAGAACAAGGCUGAUCAAAACCUCCAAGGAAGGCAAAGUUGCUUUUAUAGCACUAGGCUAAGCCAAGAGGACUACUGCACUAGCAGCCAAAGACAACCCAGUGGUAGCAGGGAUACAUUCAAGAGAAUGGGACUGCAACAGGAUGAUGCCAGUCUUGGUAUUAAUCUUGCUAAAAGGCAGGGCAGCCGAGAUGGUCUUCAGGCAGAUGCUCUGAAGCAGGCAACUGAUAGCAAUGGGCAUGCUGGGGAACUGGGUGGAAACAACUAUUGCAGCUACAGCCAAGAAGCCCUUCCCAAUGACCACAGCUUCAAACAACUGCCAGAGGCAAGCGCUAAAAAUCUCACAGAAGGCUCAAGGCAGAACAGAGCAGGGGGAAGCCACAUUCAGGAAGAACAGAAGCAACUGGUCGACAGCUGCCCUGGUAAGUUACAGCUAGAGAGCGGCAGCAGCUGUGGGGAAGUCUUCUUGCCAGUUGGGGACAACAGGGGCUCUGCUCACAAGCCGAAUCAAGAGAGCUCUGAGAGGGGCUUCGGGGUAAGGAGGUCAAAUGGCCUCAGAGGGGGAAGUGGAGGUACAGAGAUGAGGCAGAACGGUAGAGGGGAAUGCAAUGCGGGGGGACUCGAUGAAAGCAAAAAUUUAAUUUCAGAGCCAGAAGAAAGCAAUAGCCAGGGAGCUUCUCUCAGUGGCCUUAGAGAAAGAGAGCUGACCCAGGAGAGUAGGGACUUUCAAAUAUGUGCCCCAGAAAAGUUGAAUGUUCUCAAAGUAGAACCGCCUAUUUGGCCCAAAGAUGGCAUAGCCUGGGAAGAUCUUGCCUCAGAAAUGGAUGACUCUGAAGGCUCUUCUCCCAGUCUGAAGGCUGCAAUAUCACCUCAGCAAUUGGAGAAUCUUGAUCCAUGUCCCAUAUCUUGCAAUGCUUGUGGGCCUCAGAGAUGCCACUCAUUGCAGGAUCAGCUUGGAAACAUUGCUCAGCAUAGGGAAGGUAAGGAGAGGCCCACCCCUUGUUUUUUUUCCCCAGCUCGUGAGCCCUCCGAUGGACACGCACCGUCUAUGCUUGAAUCCAAGCCGUUUCUCUGCUUUGCCUGCCCCAAACAGUUCCGUCGGGCCACAGACCUGAAAGAGCAUCUGCGAGUGCACACGGGCGAAAGGCCCUUUGGCUGCAGCGUCUGUGGCAAGCGGUUCACGCAGAGCUCAGCCUUAACCACUCACCGGAGACUGCACACUGGAGAGAAGCCCUUUGAAUGUGCGGUCUGUUGCCGCCGUUUCAAUAACUCCUCUAACUUUGCCAAGCAUCGUCGAAUACAUGAGCCGGACAGCGUGGGGCAUAGGAAUAAAGCAGUGGGAAAAGAGCUCUGGAAGGUAAAACCACAUUGAUUUUGUUUUUCAGCAGGAAUUCCUACACUGAAAGGUAGAAUGAAAAACCAAGGGUGAAAUGUGCUAUUACAAUACCGAAUGCUGAUUUUUAGUAAAUAAUUUUCGAGACAAUUCAGUGCCUCCAGAUGUUUGAAAACUCCGUGUCUAUGAACACCAGCCAGCAUGUUCAUAAUGGUCAAUUGUGCCCCAAAUCAUUGAAAAGCGCUACGUUGUUAGCUGGGACCUGGCAUUUCAUAGGCAGGUCAGUUGUACCCCGCUUUUCUUGACUUACUGCUUGAUAACAGCAAACCAGACACCGGAGACUGCAAUCAAAUUCCAAUUUCUGAUUCCAGAUUGUGAAUAAUCAUAGAAACUUAAAAUGUAAAGGCAGGAAGGAAUACACAGUUCUAUAAUGCAUUUAGGUCAUCCCGUCCUGGGUUCAAUAUCAGGCUUGAAUUGAGUCAUAGGGAUCAGAACAGUUCCAGUUAGUUUGACAUCAUCUAGAAAUCGAUCAAGACAAAUUCCUUGUGUGUCCAAUCACACUUGGCCAAUAAAAUUCUAUUCUAUUCUAUUCUAUCAAAAUCAUGUUUUGGCACUACAGGUAGUUCUCCACUUAACAACCACAAUUUCUGUUCAGUGAGUUGUACCCGAAGUUUGCCACAGUUAAGCAAAUCACUACAGUUGUUAAGGGAAUCUUGUGAUUUUAGACAAGUCUGACAUCCUCCAUCUAUUUGUUGGAAGCCAUCUGGGAAGAUCGCAAAUGGUGAUCGCAUGAUCAUUGGGCACUGAGACCAUCAUAAAUACAUGCCCGUUUCCAAGUGGCUGAGUUUUGAUCACGUGACCAUAGGGUUGUUUGCAAUGGUCAUAAAGUGAGUACUGGUGGUAGAUCACUUUUUCUGUGCUGUUGUAGCUUCGAAUGGUUGCUAAACAAAUAGUUGUAAGUGGAGGACUACCUGUUUAUGAAACCCAAGCCAAUGAACAGAAACCUGAAAGUUUGUACUAAUGCCUGUUGCAGUUUCUAAAGCGGGGCACAAAAUGGAAAGCAGACCUGGUUAGAUUUGGAGACUGCCUAUGUCCUUCUUGCUAGCUCAAUGGACUGUGUGCUCAACCAGUGUGGGUAACACAAGAUGCUGUGCAAACUCACCCAACCUGGUUAAGUUAGUAUAUCAUGGUUUUGUUAACCAAAAGCUAGCAUGCUAUAUGAACAGAGCCAUGUUUUGGUCAGGUGUCUGCACUUUCCUCUUAAUGAGAAAAAAAUGGUACCUACAAAUUUAAAGUACAGUACCUGGGAAAUGAAUAGUUUGUGUUGAAUUUCUAAACUUACUGGCCUGGGCACAAGUCCCAUGGAAUUAAACUGGCCUUAAUUCUGACUUCAACAUUUUAUGUUGGCAUGGAAUAUAAUUUUGCAAUACAUGUAGCUGUUACUGUAUUUUCAAUUAGGUAUAAAAUUAUUUUAAAAAUAUAUGCUGCAAAAGAUUUAAGUAAAUAAAUUUUUCUUACAUUAUGCCAAUGAAGUAAACACUGUGUGUGUGUGUGUGUUUGUACAUGCAUAGAGAGUCUCUUGGCAAAUAUCCAAAGCCAAAAUAUUUUUUUGACAUUUUACUUUGUACUUUUAAGAGCCAUGGUGGUACAGUGGUUAGUACUGCAGGCUACUUCUACUGACUGCCGGCUGCCUGCAAUUUGGCAGUUCAAAUCUCACCAGGCUCAAGAUUGACUCAGCCUUCCAUCCUUCUGAGGUUGGUAAAAAUGAGGACCCAGAUUGUAGAGCACUACUUAGAGAGAGCUAUAAAGCAAUGUGAAGCUGUAUAUAAGUCUAAGUGCUAUUGCUAUUGUAAAUCCAAGCAUGUAAAAAAAAACUAGUUCAUAUUAACACAAUUGAUUUACAUAUAAAUCUGAUUGAAAAUUCUAUAUAAAAAGAACUGAAUGAUCUUUAAAAAAAUUAAAUUGCUAUGUUGAUACCCAACAUAUUUCCAACUCAAAUUCUCUUUGUUAAUUUAGAUAUUUUUUUGUUAAUUGAAGUGAAACAGCCCUUUCCCAUUUUUAAAAGAAUUUUAUAAAGCUCUAUAAACUUAAGAUAAAAUUAUUUCUCAAUUCUGCAUUUUCUCACUGUUCUUACAUUUCAAAAUGUCCAUGG